GGAAACUGGACUGUGGAUUAUUUGGUUUUAGGGGCGUGUGCUAGACAAAGGUGAAUGUACCUAUUGUUCAACAAGAUGGAGGCAAUGGCGGGCUGACGCACGUAGCGCAACUCACCGAGCGGCAUCAUGAUGAGAACAGCGGCCCGUCUUGCUGUGGCGUCCCUGCUCCUGGGACCGGCAUGUGCCGAUUGGCAGUUCCGCUCCCGUCCGGACCUUGCGCCACCCCGACUCAACAUUACCAUCCCGGCAACCAAGGAUGUCGAGAAGGGAUAUCUCUUUGUGGCUCCUUUUGCCGGGUUCCCCGACACCCCCACCGAGCAGCACGGUCCGCGCCAAGCGGGACCCUACAUCUUCCGCGACAACGGGGACUUGGUCUGGUCCGGUUAUGGCAUCUACAGCAUCUGGUCCACCAACUUCCAGGCGGCUCGAUGGAAGGGCAAAGAUGUGCUCUUUAGCUUCGAGGGCGACCACAACGCCGGAUAUGGCCACGGCCACGGCCACAUCACCAUUAUGGAUCAGCACUACGAGACCAUCCGCGAGCUACGCGCCGGUAAUCACAAGCUGGUUGACAAGCACGAGUUUCACGUUAUCAACGAGGAGACCGGUUUGAUCCAGAUCUACCAGCCCGUGCCCCGCGACCUGACCGCCUGGGGAGCGGGCCCCAGACAACAAUGGAUUGUCGACGCCAUCUUUCAGGAACUGGACAUUGCCACUGGCCGCCUCUUGUUCGAAUGGCACAGCCUCGACCACGUGCCGCCCUCGGAAUCCGUGCUCCCGAUUAACCCGGGCCAGGCGGGCGGCGGGUACAACUCGUCGGACGCGUGGGACUACUUCCACAUCAACAGCGUGGACAAGGACCGGGAGGGCAACUACCUCAUCUCGGCGCGGGACGCGUGCGCGGUGCACAAGAUCAACGGCACCACGGGCGAGAUCAUCUGGCGGCUCAACGGCAAGCGGUCCGACUUUACCAUGGGCGAGGGGACCACCUUCUGCUUUCAGCACCACGCCCGCUGGCUCCAGCAGGCCGGCGAGGGCGACGACGGCGUCGAGGUCAUCAGCCUGUACGACAACUCGGCGCACGGCACCGAGCACGGCGGCGGGCACGAGGUGCACACGGCCGACCGGAGCAGCGCCAAGAUCCUGCGGCUCGACACGCGCGCGUGGACGGCCGAGCUGGUGCACGGCUACUACCCGCCCAGCGGAUACGACCUGCUGUCCAAGAGCCAGGGGUCGGCGCAGGUGCUGCCCAACGGGAACGUGCUGGUCAACUGGGGCUCCGAGGGGGCCGUGACCGAGUACACGGCCGAGGGCGAGCCUAUCUUCCACGCGGCCAUGGACAGCGGCGAGCUGGGCGUGGGCGUGGAGAACUACCGCGCGUUCCGGUUCAACUGGACGGGCCUGCCGAGCGAGGAGCCGGCGGUCGUCGCGCUCGAGGGCGACGAGGGCACGUCGGUCUACGUGAGCUGGAACGGCGACACCGAGACGGCGGUCUGGCGCUUCUUCGAGGUGGUGGACGAGCUGGGCUCCCGCUCGUUCCUCGGCGAGGCCGAGCGGACGAGCUUCGAGACGCGGUUGGAUCUCCCCCGCGCGAAGAAGGUAGCCGGACGCGUCGCGGCCGAGGCAGUCGACAAGCAAGGAAGGGUGCUGCGGGCGACGCGCGAGGUGGCUGUCGAGCCGGAGGUCCUCCCUGCUUCCUCGGACAGGCCGGGAUCCGGCGCCGGCUCGUACGAGCAUCCUGACAUGUCUGACGAGCAAAACGCCCUGGCCGCUAGCCCCUUCCGGAGCCGCUGGGAGGAGUAUGCAAUUCUCAAGGUCUUCCGCUUCCGCUUCCCCAAAGACCUCUUCUAGAUCGCCGCAACCCUCUCUUCCGUCUGGAAAACGCGAAGCGCGGAUGUCCAACUCUUGCAGUGACAUCCAGGCGCGGGUUCUCAAGGGGGGAACGUCUCCUUCAUCUCGGGAUUAUUUCUCUGACUCCCUCGCCCGCUAUGCGAGCACACCUUUUAUGAUGCCGUGGCAGUCCGGCGCACCUCUGCCCCAUAUUAUUAUUAUUUCCCGAAGCCUCUCGAUAAGCUCUUCGUCAUUCAUUCACCUCUCACCGCAGCAAACAAAGGAUAGUGCUUAGCAUAAUUUUUCAACAAUACCACGCUCGCUUUUGUUUUAAGAUCA